AUGUCUAAAGAUCUCGACAAGUCCCUGCUUGAUCGUCUAAACGCCCUUAGAGGCAGCAGCGCAGGUCAAGACAAGCCAGUAUCAACAGAGAUUAAAGUUGAUCUCAUUGAGCGCAAAAAGGCGCCAACUCGAGAUGAUACACUAGCCGCUCGUCUCAAGUCCCUACGAGACCGUGGCGAUGAACCUUCACCAGCACCAGCGACAGCACCAAAGACAACCCAACCGCCAUCAAAGUCAACACCCCAGCCAGAAAAUACUCCAAAGAAGGAAUCUCCCAAACUCGAAGAUGAAGAAGACGACUUCAUCUUCCAAACAGACGAUCAGACUCUGGAAGAGCUACUAGGCGACGUGCAACCUGAAGAAGGCUUUAAUCCUGAACCAGACGACGCACAGGUCAAAGCACUUCUAGAACAGCUCGCAGACUCAAUACCAAAAGACACAGAAGACGAAAAGGAUAAGAAGAAUGAGGACUCGGAUGAUUCAGAUGGUGAGGCUAUGAACAAGGAUGUCGAUGAAGUCAUCGCCCGCUUCCGCGACGAGGCAGAAGUCGAAGCAGCUCUCGCAAAGACCAAAACCCCCGAUCCAAAAUCGGAGUCCGAACCUGAACAAACUACUUCUAAAACAGAAGAUAUCGCUCUUCCAGACGUUCCCUCCGACCUCGCCGACAUCCCUUCUUCAAAUCGGGCUGGGAGUGCAGACAUAGAUGAUAUAACCGCCCGUCUCGCUGCUCUACGCGCACCAUCCCCCGAUCAAGAUUCCCUCGCCCUUCCGUCCGUACCAACAUCUAAACCAUCGGGCCAGCCGGUGAAUCGUCUAACUUCACGGACGAACUACACCGACGACGAUGUGGAAAGCUGGUGUACCGUUUGUUUGGAAGACGCAACGGUGCGAUGUCCAGGGUGCGACGAUGACGUUUACUGUACGCGAUGUUGGUACGAGAUGCAUCGGGGACCACAAGCUGGGUUCGACGAGAGGAGUCACAAGGCUGUACAAUUCACCAAGGAUAAAAAGGAGAAGGAAAAAACGAAGAAGGUAGCGCUAGGAGCAUAA